CCCACCAAAAUAAUUCGGGUUGAUCAAUUGAAGAUAACAACACCACAACACCAUGGCUGCAGUGCAAGAACUCGCCGACCGAACCAAGAUGGACACUAUUUACGUCGACAUUGAUACGGGAGCAGACGACGAGUCCGCCACCGGUACCGAAAGCAAACCAUACAAGUCGUUGGCCUAUGCGUAUAUCCAGCAGGGUGGCAGUGAGGGGAAAUCAUAUCAAUCGCGUGCCUCCACAACAGGUCCCGUCAGCACAGACGGUGACCCAGCAGAGAGAUUGGUAUGGAAAGAUCCUGCAAAAGCCGCAGUGAAAAAAGCCCAGAGUGCAUUGGACGCGCACAAGAAAAAGGCAUUGAAGCAACAACAACAAGCCGCCCAGGAAGAAGAGAAGGAAAAGGCCCGGCUAAAGACGCUCGAGGAUGCGAAGAAAAUCGUCCUCACCGAAGAUGCCUCCCUACCCAAGGCCACUAAGAUCACAAUUGGCGACAAGACGGUUCAAUUAAGAAAUGAGGGUGUCAAGGGCGCCCGCGUCAAGGUUUCUGGUCGCAUUCACAGAUUACGACAACAGAAGCAAGCUACCUUCAUUACCUUGAUUGACGGAUAUGGACACCUUCAAUGCGUUCUUGCUGGAGAUCUCACAAAAACUUACGAUGCUCUCACAUUCGCUCAAGGCACUUCCUUGACGCUUUAUGGCGAAAUGCGCGAAGUCCUCGCUGGUCAACAAGCUCCAGAUAGCCGAGAACUUCACGUUGAUUACUACAAAGUCCUUGGUUCCAGUCCUUCCGAUGCAGAUGCCAUCACCAACAGAGUUUCCGCUCAACAAGAUCAAUGGGAAUCUGCCAUGUUGGACAGUCGUCACUUGGUUCUACGAGGUGAUACUGCCUCUUCGGUUAUGAAGGUUCGAUCGGCAGUAGAGUGGGCAUUCGCAAAGGCAUAUCGGGAGAUGCACUUCACUAAGAUCAGUCCUCCAGCUUUCGUUCAAACUCAAGUCGAGGGGGGCUCUACACUAUUUGAAUUAGACUACUACGGAGAAAAGACAUAUCUAACCCAAUCAUCCCAACUCUACCUCGAGACUGGACUCCCAAGUUUGGGCAAUGUCUACUGCAUCGAAAAGUCAUUCCGUGCUGAGAAAUCUCUCACUCGUCGUCACUUAUCAGAAUACACUCACGUUGAAGCUGAACUGGAUUUCAUCGAUUUUGAGGAUCUCCUAGACCAUUUGGAAGAAAUCAUCAGCAGAGUCAUUGGCACCCUGAUGGACGACAAGGAAAUCGCUGGCUACAUCAAAGAGCUCAACCCUGAGUUCACCCCUCCAACUCGACCAUUCAAGCGUAUGAGAUACUCUGACGCAAUUGACUGGUUGAACGCCCAGGAUCCCCCUAUUCUCAACGAAGAAGGCAACCCCCAUGUAUUCGGUGACGAUAUCGCUGAGGCUGCCGAACGAAAAAUGACGGAUAUCAUCAACCUCCCCAUCCUCUUGACCCAUUUCCCGGUUGAAAUCAAGGCUUUCUACAUGAAAAAGGAGGAUGCUGAUCGUCGUGUUACUGAGAGUGUUGAUGUUUUGAUGCCUGGUGUGGGAGAGAUUGUCGGAGGCUCAAUGAGAAUGGAGGGGUAUGAGGAGUUGAUGGAGGCGUAUGCUAGGGAGGGGAUUAGUCCAAAGGAGUACUAUUGGUAUACGGAACAGCGAAAGUAAGUCCCUUAUCCUCCACUCUUAUCAUUCAUUUGCAAUAGAUACUGACUAUGUUUAGGUAUGGUACGUCACCCCACGGUGGUUACGGACUUGGCCUUGAGCGAUUCAUUGCCUGGAUUUGCAAACAACAUUCUGUCCGUACUUGUUGCUUGUAUCCUCGAUUCAUGGGACGUUGCAAGCCUUAGAGAUCUUUUUGGUCUGCAUUACUUCUGGAAUUUCGAGCCUUGUGAACCCUUUGGCUCCACUGCGACGGCUCGUCUUGGUGCUUCUUAUGGUGUGGUUGUGUGUGUGCG